GCUAGGCUCAGGAGCUCCGCACCCGCCACCUCUGCUCUCCCGGAGCAGAGUCCACCGCUGACUUCGCCGCGAUGUGGGCCGCGCUGCCGCUGCUCUGCGCAGGAGCCUGGCUGCUGGGACCCCUGGCACGUGGCGUUGCAAGCCGGUCCUUGGACCCCGAAGAGACGUUUCGGUUUAAGUCAUGGAUGGAGCAGCACCAAAAGACGUACAGCACAGAGGAGUACCCGUACCGGCUGCAGACCUUUACCAGAAACCAGAGGAAGAUAAAAGAACACAACGUCAGGAACCACACGUUUAAAAUGGGAAUAAACCCCUUCUCAGAUAUGACGUUUGCUGAGUUUAAACGCAGGUUUCUCUGGUCCGAGCCCCAGAACUGCUCGGCCACCAAAGGUAACUACCUUCGGGGUACCGGUCCCUACCCCACGUCCGUGGACUGGCGGAAGAAAGGGCGCUUUGUCUCACCAGUGAAAAACCAGGGCGGCUGUGGCAGCUGCUGGACCUUCUCCACCACCGGGGCCCUGGAGUCGGCGAUCGCCAUCAAGACGGGGAAGAUGCUCUCCUUGUCGGAGCAGCAGCUGGUGGACUGCGCCCAGAACUUCAACAACCACGGCUGCCAAGGGGGCCUUCCCAGCCAGGCCUUCGAGUACAUCCGCUACAACAAGGGCAUCAUGAGCGAGAACAGCUACCCCUACCAGGGCAAGGACAGCAACUGCAAGUUCCGGCCGGAGAAGGCCAUCGCUUUCGUCAAGGACGUGGCCAACAUCACCCUCAACGACGAGGCGGCCAUGGUGGAGGCAGUGGCUCUGUACAACCCUGUGAGCUUCGCCUUCGAGGUGACGAGCGACUUCAUGCUGUACAAGAAGGGCAUCUACUCCAGUACUUCUUGUCAUAAAACCCCAGAUAAAGUCAACCACGCCGUGCUAGCUGUCGGGUACGGAGAAGAAAACGGGAAGCCCUACUGGAUCGUGAAGAACUCCUGGGGCCCCAGCUGGGGAAUAAACGGGUACUUCCUCAUCGAGCGCGGGACGAACAUGUGCGGGCUGGCCGCCUGCGCCUCCUACCCCAUCCCGCAGGUGUGAGCUCAGAGGCAGCUGCGACCCACCCCCACCGGCGGGUACAGAGAGGAACAGCAAGUGGCCUGGGCCGGUGGUGGAGGGAAGCUGCGGGGAGCUGCCCAGGGCCCUCCCUCGCACCCUCACCACAGGAGCGAGGGUCCCAGCAGGCCCCAAGGCCACCCUGUCUGCUGACCAAAUGUGCCUUAGGCCUCGUUUCUGACUGGCACUGACCAAGAAUAAUCUUUAUCUCCUGGGGGGAUUGCUCCUCAUCUCUGAGAGCUCUGGGGACCGUCUUCUGUGUGGCCUUUACCCAAUAAACUUCUAGGGAGCACUG